AUGUUGCAACUUUUAGUUUUUAUCAAUUUUUUAUUUCUGGUUUCAUCCGCACCCAAACAAUCUAUACAUAUUAUUGAAGAUCUCCCAAUUGGCACAUCAAUUUAUACAUUUAUAACAGAUGGUUGUAAAACAGAAAACAGUACUGGUACAUAUCGAUUUGUUGAUAGUCAAAAGAAUUCCAAUGAUUUUUUUCUUAUUGAUCCAUAUACGGGACGUGUUAUAACAAAAAAGUUAAUUGAUCGUGAUGAUUUUUGUCUUCGUCGUAUGUGUUCAUGCUCAAAAUGUGAGAUAACACUUGAAGUGAUUUGUGUACAUAUGGGACAAAUAUAUUUCAAUGAUUUAUCUGUUGUUAUCGAUGAUCGUAAUGAUCAUGCACCAGAAUUUCCAAAAUCUUCAAUAACAAUCGAUGUUUUAGAAAAUGUACCUAUCGGAUAUUUAAUUCCGCUUGAUGUUGCCAUUGAUCGUGAUUAUGGAAUAAAUUCAAUUCAAGGUUAUAAACUUAUUGAAGAAAAUUCAACAAACAAAAGUUCUAUCAAUAAAAUACCGCAAGCAUUUCAAAUAGAAUAUUCACAGAAAAAUGAUUUACUUGCAUUACGUCUGAUGAAAAUACUCGAUAGAGAAUCAUGUGAUUCAUUAAAAUAUAUUAUGCAAGCUUAUGAUGGUGGACAACCACAGGCGCUUAUGAGUAAAUUAAAUAUUCUUAUAAAUAUUCUUGACGUCAAUGAUAUGUCACCAGUAUUUGAUCAAUCCUAUAUACGUGUUCUACUAAGUGAAGCAACCUCGAUUGGUUCACUUGUUGCACGUGUGCAUGCACAUGAUGGCGAUACAGGUCUUAAUGGUCUUGUUUAUUAUACAAUUGUUUCACUAGAUCCGCCAUCCAACGGAACAUUUACGUUAUCAAAAGAGACAGGAGAAAUACGUCUUGCGAAAAAACUCGAUUAUGAAAAAGAAAAAGCUUUCCGCAUGAAAGUGAAAGCACAAGACAAUGGACCACAACAAGGUUCAAUAGCGGCAUUUGCUACUAUUGAUAUUGAUUUAAAAGAUGAAAAUGAUAAUCAUCCAUUAAUAACAACGACAUUUAAUGAUGAUCCAACAUCAGGUGUAGAAAAUCUAUUGAAUAGAAGUAUUAUUCGAAUUCGUGAAAAUACUCCGAAUGGAACUUUUCUAGGUCACAUCUCAAUCAGUGAUUUAGAUCAGGGUGACAAUGGCCGAGUGAGUUGGUCGCUUGAGAGUAAUGGCACUAUAGCUAUCAAAGAAUUAUUGAAUAAUGAAGCAUUUCUUAUGUUUACUCAACGUAUCUAUGAUCGGGAAGAACAAUCACGUUAUGAAAUUAAUCUCGAAGCACAUGAUCAUGGUAUUCCGCCACUUUUAACAACAUUAAAUUUUACUUUAAUUAUUCUCGAUGAAAAUGAUAACGCACCGAAAUUCGAUAAAGAAUUUUAUUCAAUCAAUAUAUCCGAAACAAUUCCUAUUAAUACAAAACUUUUACAUUUUCAUGCUGUUGACAAUGACGAAGAAAAUACACUUAACAGUCAAAUUGAAUAUCUAUUUGCAAACGAAACAAAUCAAACUAUAUUUUUAUUAAAUUCAACUACAGGUGAUUUAUAUUUAAUCGCGAGAUUUGAUCGUGAAGAAACUUCUAUUUAUGAAUUUGAUGUUAUUGCAAUGGAUCAUGGUCAACCACAAUCAUUAUCAUCCAUCGUUCAUUGUACAAUUUAUUUAAUCGAUAUAAAUGAUAAUUUUCCUAUAUUUGAUUUGCCUGAAUAUCAAUUUGAAAUAGCUGAAACAUGGCCUAGUCUUGCACCCAUCGGGCAUGUUUAUGCUACUGAUGCUGAUGAAUACUAUGGUGAAUUGCAAUAUAUGUUAAUUAGUAAUGAGUCAACAAUAUUAGAUCAAUGGCCAUUUGGAUUGACAGUAAAUGGUACAUUAUAUCUUAAGCGAACAUCUGUUGGUAUUGAUUAUGAACAUCGCUCGAAAUAUAAAUUUUCUAUUAUGGCAAUUGACAAUGGUGGUCUUAAUACAACUGUACCUGUAACAAUAAAUAUUCUUAAUCGAAAUGAUUUUUGUCCUGAAUUAAUCAAUAAUUCAACAGCAUUAUUUUUUAAUAAAGACCUUUGGUUAUAUAAUGCAAGUCAAAAUUUGAAUGAAUUCUAUUUGGAUAUUUAUGAUGGUGAUAAUGAUACAUGUUUAAUUGAAUUACUUAAUUUCAAUGAUAUAUUUCGGAUUGAAUCAAAAGAACGCAAUCGAUUUUUAUUAUCUGCAUUUAUAUUACCUGAACAUGAAUUUUAUAUAUUACAAUUUCGUCUUCAUGAUUUAGUUAGUAUUGAUGAUCAACCGUGUAUUCAAACUAUACAAUUAGCAUUAGCUAUUGGUACAAAUGAAACCAAUCAAACUGUAACAUUGGAUACAGCACGAGAAUAUUUAGAAGCUCUACGUUUAACAUCAAAGCGUUCACAUUCAUAUUUUGAUUUAACAUUACUCAAUGUUAUACUUCUAUUUGUUUUGCUUUCUAUUGCAAUUGUUAUUGCAUUAGUUGGCAUGAAAUUAGUGUUUCUUCCUCCAUCAUCAUCAUCAUCAUCAUUAUCGUCAACAUCAUCAUUAUCGUUACGUCAUCAACGAAUGCGUCAACAAAGGAAAUUAAGAAGUAAUAGGAAUGGUAAUGCAACGGGUGGAACACUCUAUUGUCUUCAAGGUCCAACAGAAACACAAUUACCAUUAUUAGAAAAUGGGCCAGGUGAACAUUCAUUAACAUCAUCGUUGAUUGAUGGAAAUAUGAAAAUGGACCAAGAUGAAAAUAUCAAUCAUUCAAUUGAUAAUGAUGUACAUGCCGAUGAACAAAAGCAGCAUCUUCUAAGUCAAUUUAAUCAAUUUUCGUCUUCAACAGUAAAAAAUCCAAAUGAAUUUAGAACAUUUGCAUUAAAAUCAACGAAUAAUCCAUAUGAUAUUAUUGGAUAUAUUCAUUCGAAUGAACAGCAUUGCUCUUCCUCCUCUUCUUCUUCUUCAUCCUACAAUCGUGUUCGAGACAGUGGCUAUGAAACAAUAUCAAGUAUUGAACAACAACAACAACAACAACAGCACCAACAUUGUGCUUCGCCAUCAAGUCCAUCGAACGUUAGUCUCUCUCCUGAUGGUCAAACAAUAACUGUAACUUAUUUUUCUUCUCCACUUCCAUGCCAUUCGGAUUCAUUAUCUUCAUCAUUAUCAUGUUCGAACACUAUCCCACGGACCUUGAAAACAUUUUGCCAAAUGCCUGUAACAAUUGCUUCAGGCAAUGAAUCAUCAACAAUGAUGAAUGCUUGUCUUGCUGAACAGGAAAUAAUUGAACUCUGA